AUGAAAGACACGGCUGCCAGCAAGUCGGGCAAUGGCCUGUGGCAGGCCCUCAGUCACAGCGCCCUCUUUUGGGUGUUCACAUGGAUAGCACUUAACAUAGCGCUCACCAUCCUCAACAAGAGCGUCUUCCAGUUUGUUAACUUUCAAUACCCACUCAUCCUCUCUGCUUCACACAUGCUGUGCACCUAUGUGUUCUGUAUCCUCAUCUUCCACGUCUUCAAGUGGCUGCCGGUGGACACCACCAUCCUGCCCUCCACCAUUCGGAAGAUCCAGAUGCUCUCGCUUCUGUUCACCCUCAACAUAUGCGCCGGCAACGCGAGCCUCAUGUAUACGACCGUCAGCCUACGCGAGGUGGUUCGCUCGCUCACUCCCGGCAUCACGCUCGCCUUUUCCGUGUGGUUGCUGAAGAAAAGCGCCACCAAGGAGGCCAUCGGGUCGUUAGCCGUCAUUGCCGGUGGUGUAAUCCUCACAACCAUAACCGAGCUUGACUUUCACGUGGGUGGCUUCAUCAUCCUUAUUAUCGGAUGUGUACUGGCUUCGCUUAAGGGAGUCAUGACGAACAUGGUUCUCGUCGGAACGGGAGCCGUCCAUCCUCUCUAUGUGCUCUAUUUGAUGUCGCCUUUGGCGCUGGUCCAAAUGCUCGCGAUGGCGGCCAUGUUCGGUGAGGUUACGGGUCUCAUGAACGCGUGGGACUCCCUACCGAUCAACCUGUGCGCUGCUAUGAUUCUUGGCACUGCUGUUAUGGCUUUCUUCCUCAACGUCGCCAACUUCAACCUGAACAAGAUCACCUCCCCUGUGACUGUGUCCGUCGCUGGUUCCUUCAAGGAAACGCUCACCAUCGGCCUCGCGUUUGUGGUGUUCAAGAACAAGGCCACACCAUUGAACCUUUUCGGCAUCUUUAUUGCGCUCACCGGUACGGGUAUGUACCACUACUUGGCCCAUGGCCGAAAACACGAGGUAGAGUCAAAGAAGGACGACGAACAGAAGAGCACCGACGACUCUUGGAGCGCGGUUACGGUCGACCGCCCAAGCAUCAACAACGAGCGUGGUCCACAGGAAGAGCUUCUUGAUGACAACCGAAAGGGAAGAGCCUGA